AAGAAAAUGAUUAUUAUUGCUUUGCAUGAUUCAAGUCCAGCUUUACAUUUUUUCUCUCUCUAAGAUCACACUCCCAAAAAAAGACACUUUCUCUCUCUAAAAACUCUCUGUUUAGGGUUUUCAGGGGCGCCGCUUUUGAAUUUAUCCGAUCCGAGAGUGAACUCUUCUCUCACUCUCCCUCCCGCCUCCACAACCUUUCCCCCCAGGGAGAAUAGAGCUAUGGAAGUCACUCAGGUCCUUCUAAGUGCACAAGCAGUUGAUUCAACAGUGCGAAAGCAUGCUGAAGAAACUCUGAAACAGUUUCAGGAGCAAAACCUUCCUGGUUUCUUGUUAUCCCUUUCUGCAGAGCUUGCUAGUGAGGAGAAACCCGUUGACAGCCGUAAACUAGCAGGUUUGAUUCUUAAAAAUGCAUUGGAUGCCAAGGAGCAGCACAGAAAGUAUGAGCUUGUGCAGAGGUGGUUAUCAUUAGAUGUGGCUGUGAAGAGCCAGAUAAAGGCAUGCUUGUUGCAGACCCUCUCUUCUACUGUGGCUGAUGCUAGGUCAACUGCAUCACAAGUCAUCGCUAAGGUCGCCGGCAUUGAACUGCCUCAGAAGCAGUGGCCUGAGCUCAUUGGAUCCCUCUUGUCAAAUAUUCACCAAGUCCCACCUCAUGUUAAGCAAGCUACCCUUGAAACUCUGGGGUACAUGUGUGAAGAAGUUGUUCCAGAGGUUGUGGAUCAAGAUCAAGUAAAUAAGAUACUUACAGCUGUGGUUCAAGGCAUGAAUGAUAAUGAGGGUAAUAUUGAGGUUCGGCUUGCUGCCACCAGAGCUUUAUAUAAUGCUCUUGGAUUUGCCCAGGCUAACUUUUCCAACGAUAUGGAGAGGGACUACAUAAUGAGAGUUGUUUGUGAGGCCACACUUUCACCAGAGGUGAAAAUUCGACAGGCUGCCUUUGAGUGUUUGGUCUCAAUUGGGUCAACAUAUUAUGAGAAAUUAGCUCCGUACAUACAAGAUAUUUUCAACAUCACAUCCAAGGCAGUCCGGGAAGAUGAGGAACCGGUUGCUCUUCAAGCAAUUGAAUUUUGGAGCUCAAUUUGUGAUGAAGAAAUUGAUAUUUUGGAAGAAUAUGGAGGUGAUUUUACAGCAGAUUCUGAUGUUCCGUGCUAUUAUUUUAUCAAGCAGGCUCUCCCCGCACUUGUACCUAUGUUAUUGGAGACACUUCUUAAGCAAGAAGAAGAUCAGGAUCAGGACGAAGGUGCUUGGAAUCUGGCAAUGGCUGGUGGGACUUGCCUUGGUUUGGUUGCCCGUACAGUGGGGGAUGAUAUUGUACCACUUGUCAUGCCAUUUAUCGAAGAAAAUAUAACAAAAGCUGAUUGGAGGCAGCGAGAAGCUGCCACUUAUGCAUUUGGUUCUAUAUUGGAAGGUCCUUCACCUGACAAAUUAACUCCCAUUGUCAAUGUUGCUCUAAGUUUCAUGCUCACUGCUUUAACUAAAGAUCCAAGUAGCCAUGUGAAGGACACAACUGCUUGGACCUUGGGGAGGAUAUUCGAAUUUCUUCAUGGUUCAACAGUGGAGACUCCAAUUAUUACCCCGGCUAACUGUCAACAGAUUAUCACAGUUCUCCUCCAGAGCAUGAAAGAUGCCCCAAAUGUUGCUGAGAAAGCCUGUGGUGCUCUCUAUUUUCUAGCACAAGGUUAUGAGGAUGUGGGCUCAACAUCACCCUUGACACCUUAUUUCCAAGAAAUUGUUCAGUCGCUUCUUAAUGUCACUCAUAGAGAAGAUGCGGGGGAGUCACGACUUAGGACGGCUGCCUACGAGACACUAAAUGAAGUAGUAAGGUGUUCAACUGAGGAAACAGCUCGCUUAGUGUUGGAACUUGUUCAAGUCAUCAUGGCAGAACUUCAUAAGACUCUUGAGGCGCAGAAACUUUCAUCUGAUGAGAGAGAGAAGCAGAACGAGUUGCAGGGCCUUCUUUGUGGCUGCUUACAGGUCAUCAUCCAGAAAUUAGGGGCAUCAGAACCCACUAAGUAUGCCUUCUUGCAGUAUGCAGAUCAGAUAAUGAAUCUUUUUCUACGAGUUUUUGCUUGCAGAAGUGCCACUGUCCAUGAGGAAGCUAUGCUUGCCAUUGGUGCACUUGCCUAUGCAACAGGUCCAAACUUCGCAAAGUACAUGCCUGAUUUUUACAAGUAUUUGGAGAUGGGUCUUCAGAAUUUUGAGGAGUACCAAGUUUGUGCAGUCACUGUUGGUGUUGUAGGGGAUAUUUGCAGGGCUUUGGAGGACAAGAUUCUGCCCUAUUGUGAUGGAAUUAUGACCCAGCUUCUCAAAGAUUUGUCAAGCAACCAGUUGCAUCGGUCUGUGAAGCCGCCAAUCUUUUCAUGCUUCGGUGACAUAGCUCUAGCGAUUGGCGAGAAUUUCGAGAAGUACUUGAUGUAUGCAAUGCCUAUGCUGCAGAGUGCUGCAGAGUUGUCUGCCCACACAUCAGGUGCUGAUGAUGAAAUGAUAGAAUACACUAAUCUUCUAAGAAAUGGAAUAUUAGAGGCGUACUCGGGGAUUUUUCAGGGCUUCAAGAACUCGCCUAAAACCCAACUCCUGAUUCCUUAUGCACCUCACAUCUUGCAAUUCCUAGAUAGCAUUUACAUGGAGAAGGAUAUGGAUGAUGUUGUGAUGAAAACUGCUAUUGGCGUCCUUGGAGACCUAGCAGAUACUCUGGGAAGUAAUGCAGGUUCUCUGAUUCAGCAAUCCCUGUCAAGCAAAGAUUUCUUAAAUGAAUGCUUGUCAUCGGAGGACCAUUUGAUUAAGGAAUCUGCUGAGUGGGCCAGGUUGGCCAUAAGUCGUGCCAUAUCUGUUUGAGGUCGUGGCCACUUGGUGCAUAUUACUUUACCUGCAUGCAUAUGGUCGUGUCGAGUCGGGGUCCAGGUUGGACAAUAGUCGUGUCAUGUCGGGUCAUUGCCAUUUUCGGACAACAGAAGCAUUUUUUCUUCUUGUUGUCACUAACUCAUGCAUCAGCAUCAUGGGGUUGGGUUCUUUCUUUUGCCAUGGGGGUUGUUGGGGGUGGGAAGGGGGGGUAGUCGGCUAUGGUGGCUUCUCAGUACUUCCUCAGAGGACUGAGAAGUGAAAGUGUCAUUUUUGGUGAUCGGUUGCGGAGGGCUGUUAAAGUGCUGAAUGGACUAAUCAUGCUGCAUGCUUGACUAACUUUUUUGGUCUCUUCUGGUGUUGGUAACAAUACGAGCCUCCAUUUCAUCAUCGUGCUGCCAGCCUGCCUGCCUGCUCCUCGGGCAGUCUACAGCUGGCCGUACCAGUGCAACAAUUUUUGUUUUCAUGAUACUUGAAGUCAGCCACCCUGCCAUCUUUUUCAUUCCAUAUUUAUAUUUUCCUUCUUAUUAUGCAUCACAUUUUUUUUAUAAAUAUUUUCAGGUCGGUCUGUGUCUUGCAUUGGUCCAAACCAUCUACCGUCACAGUCGGGUUGCAUACAUUAUCAUUCAUUUCUUUCUUAACUAGUAAAAUCACAUGGGGGUGGUGUCAUCCUAUUUUAGUUAGGGCAUUUCAUUUGCAUUUUUAGUUCAGUAGUUGGUAGGUGUUUCACAGGUCAAAUUACCAUGCAUGUAUGAGACACGAGUGCUUGCUCUUGUCUGCCGGAAGUACAGUUUUUUCUUCAAUCUUGCUUUUGAAUAUGUAAUUUGUAUUUGUUUCAAAGCUCCAAGAGUGGAUUAUUGGGAUGUCAUGAAAUUGUGAUGACAUUGAAAGAGAUUGAGAAUAGGAUUGAAGAAAUUACUUGUUGUCCCGAGCCAAUUCAUUUGUGGCCUUGCGGUAUUCAUAUAUAUAUAUAUGCGCUUUCUCUCCUCUUUGUAUCAUGGUAUACAUUUUUCUUCGUUUCACUGUAAAAUUUUGUUUAUACAUUGUGGCUUAAUUCUUCUU